AUGGACAAGGAUGCCAGAAGUAAGGAUGGAAGCACAGCGCUUGUGACUGCAGUUCGGGAAGGUCAGACCGAUUCCUUCAGAGCGCACCUGGACGGAAGGGCAGAGAAGGACUGUCAAGACAACGACGGCCACAGUGGACUGAUGCUCGCCAUGCAGCAUGGCCACGCGGUCUCGAAGCUGCUACGCCCCAUCUCGGUGCCGGCUUCAACUGCAGGUCCUUUGGGUGAAGUUGGCUCGUCGGGGCUCCGCAGCGUGGAGCCGGGGGCUGUGUCCUUGUACGACCACUGGCUGAAAGGCAUCCGCAUCGGGUUUAGUGUUCAAGGUUGGCACUGCUCCGCUGCCACGCCCGGUCUGUUUGGUUUGAAAACAGUCCGUGGGGCUGCAGAGCUUGCAGCCUUGCAGAAUCGAAGUCUGCCAGCGAAGAUGCAGAGGGACGCCCUGUGCCAAUUCAUCAGCACCCACCGGCUUCCGCUGGUGGAAUGGAACACCAUUUGCGACAAGGACGGCCUACCAGCUAUCAGACCAUGUGUUGCGGAGGCACCCUUACCACAGCCUUGGCGAUCCUGGGAGCUCCAGGAUCCGCUCGACGAGCCCGGAAAGGCCUACAUUCUGAAGUCCUCCGCCCGUGGCCGCUGUUUGUCGCACUUAGGCUUUUGCGAAUGCUUCCCGCCUUACCGGGGGAGGUUCUGCGAAAAUGUGGAGCCUGGCAAGAAGGACGGCUCGCGAAAGUACCGAGCUGUGCUACACUACCUGGUGGGAGACAGGGAGAAGCUGCUAGCCGAUUUCGAGCGGACCUUGCCGAUCCUGUGGGAGAGGUUCAACAACCAGGAAGACUACCCCGUUGUCGUUUUCCAUGACGGCAUGUCCAAAGCAAGCCCGGGCCUUUGGAGAAGAAGGGGCCGAAUUCAGGUCGUGAGUUCAUUCCCGGAGACCGGAGCCUAA